CUGCUGUGUAGAGGACUGAUACAAAAUUUCCUGCAUCCGCACUGUGAGCAAAGCCCGAGAGUCCAACCUGAGGGGAGUCUGUGCUAGCCAGUGGGGCUGUUGGGAUUUGUCUGCUGACUCGCAUCCUCACCAGAGAUGGGUCCCAGGACAUUCUUCUCCCUCAUGCUCAUCUUCAUUGCCUGGGGUGCCUGCUCUCAGGAGAACUGUCUCUGCGCCCGCGGCUUUUGUAACGAGGGCUGGGUGCAGUAUCAAGACUCCUGCUAUAAGGCUUCAAUGGAACCGAUGAAAUGGCCUGACGCUGAGGUGGCGUGUCAAAGCUAUGGCAAGAAUUCCCAUCUGGCCUCCAUCCACAGCGUAGAGGAAAAUGACUUCAUCUUCCACCUGAUGGGCAAGCCGCUGGAUUACACUAAAGGACAGGCCUACUGGAUCGGUGCACAUGACACUUUCAAGGAGGGGUCUUUCAUGUGGACGGAUGGUUCCAAAUACAAUUUCCGGACAUUUCCUGCAGGCCAGCCCGAUGGCCUCCCAGGAGAGAACUACCUGGGCUCUUGGAUCCUGCAAAAUGGCUUUGUAACCUGGAACGACUAUAACGCCAGCCGGUCCUUUCCGUUCGUUUGCAAAUACACCCUGCGGAACAGCUUCAGGGACCAAUCCUGGUAACAGGACGUGGUGGAAGACGCGGCCUGUAUCCUGCAGUGGAGGCUGCGUCACUUUCCUGUUCUGUAGCUUCACAUCUGGAACCAAUUACUGCUGUGUCCUUAUCCCAUCUUUUGUGUCCUGGGUAGGACUGGGCGAUUAACAGGUUUGGGGGUUUGCUGGGAAUUCUAAAAAUUAGGAGGGGAAAUUUUUAAAAAAAAAAUAUUGUGCAAAUGGAGAAGUGGGGAAAAUCACUUUGCACCAAACAAAAAUUUUGUUUUGAUUGUGACCAUAUUAAAAUUCUUGUUUGCUUGUUUGUUUUUAAUCAAACUAAAGGCCAUUUCAAAAGGGAAAGUAGUUUCAGACCAAACAUGCCAAACGUUUCGAUUUGUUCUGGGUUAUUUUUGGUUUUUAGUUGUGACCGAUACACUUUAGUGAAGCCAAAGCGAUUCACCAAAUGGUUCGGUUUCACCAAACCUGCAUUUUUCACCGGAAAAGAGGCUGGUCUGAAAGGUGUCACACGACUGUAUUCCCCCUCGGUCCCCGCUGGUGGGCUCCUGCUGGGAGCCACUUUCCAAUGGGACCCUGCAGCAGGCCGGAGGCUGGGGGAACAAAGGUCACAGUCUCUUUGGACGCCAGAGCCACCCAGCUGUACACUGCACGCUCACUGCCAUGGCAUCACUCAGCUAUUCUGCUCAUGCAAAUCUGCUUAGAGAACUCCCUGCUCUGAUCCCUGCUUGUCUUUCUCCCUCCUGCUUUAUACAUGUACCUGGGCAUUCCUACCAAUGUUCUGGGCCAAAACAAAAUGAUCAAUAAAAAAGCUACGUGGCAAGAGAA